AACAAUAUACUGUAUUCAUGCAAUUCAUAACCUCCAAGCUAGGUGGCAACACAAACGCGCUAACAUUAUGACAGCGCUGCUAACUUCUACUUCGGGGUGGAAAUAACGUCAGCCAAAAUGCAGAAGAGACAGAGCUAGAAGCUGUAAAUGCUGAAUAAUGUUCAACAGCAAUGGCUACUUACAACACACUGCAGGACAGGAUCAGAGUAGCCAAGGAGCUGCUUGAGCGAGUGGACAAGAUUUGCAGUCGACAAGGCCGUGAGGUCGAGGGACGUGCUAAACUGUGUAGUAAGCUCCGGGCUGAGCUCAAGUUCCUACAGAAGGUGGAGGCCGGCAAGGUUGUGAUCAAGGAGUCUCACCUGCAAAGCACCAAUCUCACUCAUCUGAAGGCCAUCGUCGAGUCAGCCGAGAAUCUAGAAAACGUGGUGAGCGUCCUGCACGUGUUCACCUAUGAGGGACCCGAUGGACAGAAGCAAACUUUGGUAGUCGACGUGGUGGCAAACGGAGGACACACUUGGGUGAAAGCCAUCGGGCGCAAGGCGGAGGCACUGCACAACAUCUGGCAAGGCCGUGGCCAGUAUGGGGAUAAAAGCGUGAUCCGGCAAGCAGAAGAUUUCCUUGAGGCCAGUCAGCAGCAGCCUGUGCAGUACAGCAACCCUCAUAUUAUAUUUGCCUUCUACAAUGGGGUAUCCAGCCCUAUGGCAGACAAGCUCAAAGAGAUGGGCAUAUCUGUGAGAGGUGACAUUGUUGCUGUUAAUACAAUGAUCGAAGCUGGAGAGGAGGAGGAGGAGGAAGAAGAGGAGGAAGAUGACGGUGAAGACAAGCCUGGUGGUGUGGAAGAAAAUGAAUUUUUGGUUGAGGAAGAAGACGAUGCUGAAGACGACGACAGUGACGAUACAGACCUCAUGCACACUCGUGUUGAUCGAGACACCAUUGUGGCCAGCCUUGCCUUCCCCACUGAGGUGAAGGUAGAUGUGUGCAACAGGGUGAACCUUGACAUCACCACUCUGAUCACUUACGUGUCCUCCCUCAGCCACGGCAACUGUCACUUCACUUUUAAAGAGGUGGUGCUGACAGAGCAGGCCGCACAGGAACGGCAAGAGAAGGUCCUGCCCCGACUGGAGGAGUUCAUGAAGGGAAAAGAGCUGUUUGCUUGUCAUUCUGCGGUUGAAGAUUUCCGUGUGAUUCUGGAUACUUUAGGAGGCCCGGGAGAAAAAUCCCGAGCUGAGGAGCUGCUAGCCAGGCUCAAAGUGGUUCCGGACCAGCCAUCUGAGCGAACCAACCGCUUAGUUACGAGCUCAAAAGUGAACCGUAGAUCACUGAUGAUCUUUGGGACAGGGGACACGCUGCGCGCAAUCACUAUGACUGCGAAUAGCGGAUUCGUUCGUGCUGCUGCUAACCAGGGUGUGCGAUACAGCGUGUUCAUCCACCAACCUCGCGCACUCACUGAGGGGAAAGAAUGGAGAGCAAUUCCAAUAUGACUGAAGGGCUGUUAAAGAAAUAUGUCAGCAAUUAAGCAGAUUAUUGCAUAAGAUAUGGACAGAUAUAUAUUGUAUAAACAGAUGGUUAGAGUAUAAUAUGUCAUUCUUAAAUCCAGACACUUGUGAGAGGCAAAUAAAUUGCACGGCUGACAGACACUUUCUGUGACUCUUUAUGUAAACUCAGUGAGCUCAGUGCCUCGAAUGCUGCACUUCAAUGGAAAGAUGUCAAAUUAACCAAAUAUAUGAUUAUAUCAUAACUAUAGUGUCAAAAACAGUUUAAAUCGAGGCAUAUACUUUAAUUUCAAAGCUCUCUAUGCCUCAUGGUGUUUUCUUUUCAAUUUAUUAUUUUUUCACAAACUUGAUUUUUCUGAUUUAAUCUUGUCACAUCCAUUUUCAUAAGAGUACAAAAUAAACACUCUUCAGAUGGCUUUAUCUCAUGAAGAA